AUGGCUGAAGUCUUUUUAGGUCGUCUGCACGGGGAAGAGCAGGAGAAAGAGCCAAAUUCGAGCGACGUCGCCGUCUCCGUCGCCGUCGCCGUCGCGGUCAGUAGCAGCAUCAGCAGCAGCAGCAGCAGUAGCAUCGACAGCGACGGUGUGUUGGAUGAGCGAGACGUGUUGCCAAUGGGGAUGCGAGUGAAGGCGAUCGACGAGAACUGUAACAAAAAAAGGUGCGACGAUGAGAGCGGCGACGUCGACGGAGUCGCCAAAGUGACCAGCUUCAAGUCAAAGCCGAGCUCCGAGUCGCAAGACGUCUACCUCAUCAGUUCCGCGGGCCAGUCGACUUCACGACGCGUCUUCCGGCCCAAACUGCAGCGUCCAGACCGGCCGAGACAUACCAACUCGCAGUCGUCGCUGCACAGAUCGACGAGCAUCGCGUCGGACCGACCGCCGGCCAACGGACCGAUCAGCAUUGACUCGUUCGAGUCGGCCCAUUGCAGCCUGACGCUGGAGAGUCUGCAGGACCUGAGCGACGCCAACGACAACUCGAUGGGCCAAGUGAGGAAGUCGAAGCGACGCAAGGCCAAGAAACAGACAAAAGCGUUCACGAUUCACGGCAAGCCGAGGCCCGAGGUGAUCGACAUGAAGACCCUUUACAGCGGCAUCACCAUCCUCACGGCCAAGCUCAAAUUGCACGACCUCAAGUUGGCCGCGACGACCAACGAUGCGGCCUAUUUGAAACAGCUCUACAAGAGGACCAUCCUGGAGGACAGUAUUCUGCGCCGCAUCUUCAGCAUCAAGCAGAUCCACUACAUGCCCAAGGAGUUGCGCACUCUGGUGGCCGACCACACCGAGGUCAGUCGAAUCGGCCAUAAGGCGUAUGUGCGCGACGAGCAGGCCGACAACGAGCGCUUCCUCUACAUCAGCAUGGCGCACUCUGCAAACAGCAUCAUCGCGGACAUACAAGAUGAAUUUCUAGAAGUCGAGGCCUUCACCAUAGGACUCUACCAGAUCUGGAUGAGCUUUGCCAUUCCGGACAAAAACUUUCUCUUCCAGCCGACAAUAGUGAGCCACGACCAGAUGGCCUUCUCCAACAAGGUGGGUGAUCAGACUACUUGCACGGCUUCGAGUAGUCUUAGGCUGCAGUGCCGAAAGGCCCUUCAAUAA